AUGCCGAGGCUCGCCGUCGCGGUGGCAGCGCGCGUGUCGCUGGGCCUGGCGGCCCUCGAGCAGGCGGCUGGCUGGGUGCGGUCCUUCCAGGCCGGCUACGUGGAUGCCAGCGGCAGGUACGCGGGGGGCAGCGAGGUCAUGCACCUGGUGCCCCACCGGGGGGUCCUGUACGCGGGGGUGGGUUACUGGGAGGACCAGCGGUUCCUGGAGGGCCAGUCUGGUGCCCAGGUGCUCCGCCUGGACUCUCCAGACGCGGCCUGGCAGGUGGACCUGGAGUGCGGCCCCCAGCACAUGAAGCUCAACAUCCUCAAGGAGGUCACGUUCACCCGCGGCGCGGCGGGGCAGCCGCUGGCCCAGCCGGUCACUCUGCUGCUGGCCGCCGCGGGGCGGAGCAGAGGCCCGGGCACCCCCACGUUCAGCGUCUCCGUCUUCACGCGGAACGACGGGGACGGGAACUGGACGGAGACGACCGUCGCCCAGGGCAGCCCCCGCCUGGGGCGUUGGCUGCCCAGGGCGCUGGAGGUCCACAGGGACAGCGUCACUGGGCUCGAGCGCGUGUUUCUGUGCAUCGGCAACCCGGGGGUCCUGGCCGGCGUGUACGACCCGAGCAAGCCUGGACAGAUCAGGUGGGACGCUGCGCCGGAGAUCUCUGGACUGCGCACGCGACCGCUGGCGAUGGCAGUUGCGGGUGGGCGGCUAUACUUCUCGGCGGGCUACCAGAUCUAUCAGCGCAUCGACGGGGUAAGGCCCUCUUGGCGCGUGGCCUUGGCAAUGAACUCCUCCUCGGUCAACCCAGACUCGGGCGGCAUCCGAGGGCUGACUCGGGUAGCAACCCCAGGCGCGCCCAACGGCUCCUGCAGCGAUUCGCUCCUCUUCAUGUGGGCGCCCAGUGGCCGCUCGCGUGGGUGCAUCUACCGCGUGAGCUCGUGCGAGCUCGCCCCCGACGGGGAGCGGCAGCCUGCGCUCGUCCUGGAGGCGUGCGCCGCCCCGCUCAUGAGCGAGGCCCUGGGCACGGCGGUGGGAUACACACUCGGGGCAUACAACCGGAUGUUUGCGGUGAGGGACCCUGCCACCGGGGAGCCAGUGCACCUCGUCGGCCUGGAGGGGAGGGUGCCGGGAGCCACGGAGGGGCUGCAGUGGAACGGCUACUAUGCGGGCGCCAUGUUCGCGCUGCGCUGGAGCUCAGGAGCCAGGUAUAGCGUGAACGAGGUGAACGGCCGCUAUCGGCCUGGAGGCCCUCCGCUGGAGGCCGUGCGGGCCUUCGCGAUGUCACCCUUCCCAGCAGAGAGCGCGAGCGGGCCCGUCCUGUACACUGCUGGUUUCGAUACAAAUUUCAAUCCCGCGACGAACAUGGCGUGGAUUUUCAAGGCCAACUUGUCGCUUGCGCUAGCCCCACCGCAGGAAUUUGACAGCUGGGGGCUGAGCGACGGGGUCUCCCCAGGACUGGCCGUGCCCUCAGUGGUAGCCAGUGGCGUCGUCACGGCGCCCGCGUCUCCCAGCGUCUACGUGUGA